AAGACUUCUACAUUAAUGCCAAACUUGCAACAACUCAGAAACAGUCGCCGACAACGAUUCUCUCUCUCUCUCUCCUCCCUAAAUUUGAUUGAAAUUCACAUCCAAAUGAAAUCAUUAUAAAUGCUUUGACGUCGACGACGACCUUAAUCGCCGGAAAAAAUGGACUCUCUUUCGCCGGCAACGGCGCUGGACUCAAUCCUCCUUGAAGAUUUCGGCCAAAAAGUCGAUCUGACUCGAAGGAUUCGAGAAGUGUUGUUGAAUUACCCCGAGGGCACGACGGUGUUGAAAGAGUUGAUUCAGAACGCAGACGACGCAGGAGCCACCAAGGUCUGCUUGUGCUUGGACCGUAGGGUUCAUGGCACUGACUCGCUCUUGUCUGAGAAGUUGACUCAGUGGCAAGGACCUUCGUUGUUGGCUUACAACAAUGCUGAGUUCACGGAGGAUGAUUUCGUCAGUAUAUCCAGGAUCGGAGGGAGCACCAAGACCGGUCAAGCCUGGAAGACCGGUCGUUUUGGGGUUGGCUUCAACUCGGUGUACCAUAUAACUGAUUUGCCGUCUUUUGUAAGUGGUAAAUAUGUGGUAAUGUUUGAUCCUCAGGGUGUUUACCUUCCGAAUGUCACCAUGUCAAAUCCUGGAAAACGGAUAGAGUAUGUUACUACUUCAGCUCUCUCAUUGUAUAAAGACCAGUUUCUUCCAUAUUGUGCUUUUGGUUGUGACAUGAAAAUUCCUUUCCCUGGAACUUUAUUCCGUUUCCCUUUGAGGAAUGCAGAUCAGGCAUCAAAUAGUAAGCUCUCAAAGCAAGUGUACUUGGAAGAAGACAUUUCUUCCAUGUUUGUUCAGCUCUAUGAGGAAGGAGUUUUCACAAUGCUUUUUCUUAAAAGUGUACUCUCUAUUGAAAUGUAUAUAUGGGAUGAUGGGGUCCCUGAGCCAAGGAAGAUCUAUUCAUGCUCCAUAAACUCAGCAAAUGAUGACACAGUUUGGCAUCGCCAGGCACUUCUGAGAUUGUCAAAGUCAAGAAAUAUUUCUGAACCUGUGGUUGAUGCCUUUUCAUUGGACUUCUUGAGUGAGGCAGUAAUUGAGUCCCAUUCUCAGAAGAGGAUUGAUACUUUCUAUAUAGUGCAAACAAUGGCAUCAGCAACCAGUCGGAUUGGUUCUUUUGCCGCAGCUGCAUCCAAAGAUUAUGAUAUUCACUUGUUACCUUGGGCGUCAGUUGCAGCGUGCAUAUCAGAUGAUUCAUCCCAUGAUGGCAUUCUUAAGCUUGGACAGGCAUUUUGUUUCCUUCCUUUGCCUGUACAAACUGGAUUGACUGUGCAAGUUAAUGGAUACUUUGAGGUUUCAUCAAAUCGGCGUGGCAUUUGGUAUGGAGCUGAUAUGGACAGAAGUGGAAAAAUUCGUUCUCUCUGGAACAGGCUUCUUUUAGAAGAAGUUGUGGCCCCUAGUUUUACACGUUUGUUGCUUGGCGUGCGACGAUCGCUAGGUCCAACGAAUAUGUAUUAUUCUUUGUGGCCCAGUGGCUCCUUUGAAGAGCCAUGGAGUAUUUUGGUUGAGCAUAUUUACAAGAACAUUGGUGAGGCUCCUGUCUUGUAUUCAGACCUUCAAGGGGGGAAAUGGGUUUCACCAGUGGAAGCUUUUCUUCAUGAUGAGGAGUUCUCUGAAAGUAAGGAACUUCGAGAGGCUCUUGUGCAGCUGGCAAUGCCUGUUGUUCAUUUGCCUAAAGUUUUGUUUGAUAUGCUCUUGAAAUGUGCCUGUUUUCAGCAGAAAGUGGUUACUCCUGAUUCAGUACGGCAUUAUCUCAGGGAAUGCAGAAGUGUAAUUACACUAAGCAGGUCAUGCAAGCUUGUGUUGUUGGAAUAUUGUCUUGAAGACCUGCUUGACGCUGAUGUUAGUAGACAUGCAUAUAACCUGCCUUUGCUCCCUUUGGCAAGUGGUGAAUUUGGGUUGUUGUCGGAAGCCUCCAAAGGGAUUUCUUAUUUUAUUUGCAAUGAGUUGGAAUACAAGCUUCUUCAACAAAUAUCAGAUAGGAUAAUUGAUCACAAUAUUCCUCCCAACCUAUUUGGCAGGCUUUCAGCUAUUGCAAAGGCCUCAAAGGCGAAUCUUAUUGUUUUCAAUCCUAAUUAUUUUCUCCAGUUUUUCUCUAAAUUUGUACCUUCUGAUUGGAAAUAUAAAAGUAAAGUUCUGUGGGAUCCAAAGUCUAAUUUUAACCACCCAACGUCAUCAUGGUUUGGGCUUUUUUGGCUGUAUCUUCGGGAUUGUUGUGAGACAUUGUUGUUGUUUGGUGAUUGGCCUAUCUUACCAUCCCUUUCUGGGCAUCUGCAUAGACCUUCAUUAGAAUCAAAACUGUUGAAUGUGGAAAGGUUGUCUGAGAAAAUGCAAGAUAUUCUAGUUAAAAUAGGAUGCAACAUUCUAAACAACAGUUAUGGUAUUGAACAUCCAGAAUUAUCUUAUUAUGUGAGUGAUGCUGAUGCUGCUGGUGUUUUGGAAUCAAUCUUUGACGUCGUCUCUUCGGAUAUUAGCAUCACACAAACAUUUCAUAAUGUUAAAGAGGAAGAGAGGGAUGAGCUUCGUCAGUUUCUCCUAGAUCCAAAAUGGUAUAUUGGAAAACAUAUGACUAAUGCGGACCUGUGGAAUUGCAAGAGGCUGCCUAUUUUUAGGGUCUAUGGCGGAGAAUCUCCUCAAACAUUACAGUACUCAGAUUUGGAAAACCCUCGAAAAUACUUACCGCCAUUGGAGGUUCCUGAGUGCUUCCUUGGUGCUGAGUUCAUUUGCAGUUUGUCAAGUAAUGAAGGAGAGGUUCUAAUUAGAUAUUAUGGAAUUGAGCGAAUGAGGAAUGCAAACUUCUAUAAGCAGCAUGUUUUACACAGAGUUAAGGAGUUGCAACCUGAUGUUCGUGACAGUAUCAUGCUUUUGAUUCUACAGGAGCUCCCACAAUUAUGUGUCGAGGAUGCAUCUUUAAGGGAGUGUUUGAGAGAUUUGGAUUUUGUUCCGACAUCCAGUGGUUCUUUGAAGUCUCCUGCUGUGCUAUAUGAUCCUCGUAAUGAAGAAUUGUAUGCUCUAUUAGAAGAUUCUGAUAGUUUUCCCUGUGGUAGUUUCCAAGAAUCAAGUAUUUUGGACAUGCUACAAGGUUUGGGACUUAGGAUGACUGUGUCUCCUGAAACAGUCAUACUAAGUGCUCGACAAGUAGAGUGGUUAAUGCAUGAGGAUCAACAAAAGGCGCAUUCAAGAGGCAAAGUGCUUCUUUCCUACCUAGAAGUAAAUGCAUUAAAGUGGCUACCUAAUCCACCAAAUGAUGAUCAAGGUAAAGUGAAUAGAAUGUUGUUACGAGCUGCAACUGCAUUCAGACCUCGCAACUUGAAAUCUGACAUAGAGAAGUUCUGGAGUGAUCUCCGCAUGAUUUGCUGGUGCCCAGUCCUUGUUUCUUCUCCUUAUCAAGCUUUGCCAUGGCCUGCUGUGUCAUCUAUGGUUGCUCCUCCGAAGCUUGUAAGAUUGUAUAGGGAUUUGUGGCUUGUUUCAGCAAGUAUGCGGGUACUUGAUGGAGAAUGCUCCUCCACAGCCUUAUCACAGCAGCUUGGGUGGUCUUCUCCACCUGGAGGUAGCGUAAUUGCUGCCCAACUACUUGAGCUUGGAAAAAAUAGUGAGAUUGUGACUGAUCAGGUGCUUCGGCAGGAAUUGGCCUUAGCAAUGCCGAGGAUAUACACCAUACUGAUGGGCAUGGUUGGGUCAGAUGAGAUGGAUGUUGUUAAAGCUGUUCUAGAAGGGUGCCGAUGGAUUUGGGUGGGAGAUGGAUUUGCGACCUCCGAUGAGGUUGUCCUUAAUGGUCCUCUUCAUUUGGCUCCUUAUAUACGUGUUAUACCUGUUGAUUUAGCAGCAUUUAGGGAUUUAUUUUUGGAGCUUGGCAUUCGGGAAUUCUUGAAACCCAGUGAUUAUGCUUCUAUUUUAUGCAGAAUGGCUAAAAGAAAAGGUUCCACUCCCCUUGAUGCACAGGAAAUUAGGGCCGCUAUAUUAAUUGUACAACAUCUGGCUGAGGUUCAGAUUUAUGAAAAGCAAAUUAAGAUUUACCUACCAGAUGUGUCAGGCAGACUGAUUAAUGCUACUGAUUUAGUUUAUAAUGAUGCUCCCUGGCUGCUUGGCUCAGAAGAGUCUGAUAAUUCAUUUGGAAAUGCAUCUACUGUGGCUUUAACUGCAAAGAGAAAGAUUCAAAAGUUUGUGCAUGGGAACAUAUCUACUGAUGUUGCGGAGAAGCUAGGUGUCCGUUCACUUCGGAGGAUGUUGCUUGCUGAGAGUGCUCAUUCAAUGAACUUGAGUUUGUCAGAUGCGGCUGAAGCAUUUGGGCAGCAUGAAGCCUUGACAACUAGACUUAAACACAUACUUGAAAUGUAUGCAGAUGGACCUGGGAUUCUCUUUGAGCUUGUGCAGAAUGCGGAGGAUGCAAGAGCUUCUGAAGUAAUCUUUCUUUUGGAUAAAACUCAAUAUGGUACUUCAUCAGUUCUCUCCCCUGAAAUGGCAGAUUGGCAAGGUCCUGCGUUGUACUGUUUUAAUGACUCUGUUUUCAGCCCCCAAGAUUUAUAUGCGAUCUCACGUAUUGGUCAGGAAAGUAAACUAGAGAAGCCUUUUGCAAUUGGAAGGUUUGGGCUAGGAUUUAAUAGUGUUUAUCACUUUACAGACAUCCCCGCAUUUGUCUCUGGGGAAAACAUUGUCAUGUUUGAUCCUCAUGCUUGUAACUUGCCUGGGAUCUCUCCAUCGCACCCUGGCCUCCGGAUUAAAUUUGUUGGGAGAAAGAUUUUGGAACAAUUUCCUGAUCAGUUUUCUCCUUUCUUACACUUUGGUUGUGAUUUGCAGCAUCCAUAUCCUGGCACUCUCUUCCGUUUUCCCCUCAGGAGUGGAAGUGUUGCUUCCCGAAGCCAAAUAAAGAAAGAAGCUUAUGCACCUGAAGAUGUAGUCUCGCUCUUUUCUUCUUUUUCUGAGGUGGUUUCUGAGACACUCCUAUUUCUCCGCAAUGUGAAAACUAUCUCCAUUUUUGUCAAAGAAGGAGCUGGUAAUGAAAUGCAACUUCUACAUCGUGUCCACAAACAGUGUGUUAGUGAUCCUGAAGCUGAAGCCAAUAAGUUUCAUCAUUUGUUUAGCUUAAUGCAUGGAAAUCAACAAGAUGGUGUGGAUAAGGACCAAUUUCUUAACAAACUGAGCAAAUCUGUAGAAACAGUUUUGCCAUGGAAAUGUCAGAAGAUUGUGGUGAGAGAGCAAAGCUCAUCUGGUGAAAAGUCACACCUGUGGAUAACUAGUGAAUGUCUGAGUGGUGGCAGUCUUAAGAAUAACACUGUAAAUUUUGAUAACAAAUCUCAUAAAUAUAUUCCUUGGGCUUGCGUUGCUUCAUAUUUACACUCUCUGAAGGUUGAUCCGGAAGUCAGUGAUAUCCCAAAUGCUCAGGAACCUUGCAUUAUUACUCCAGAUACAAUUCAAGUUCACGAAAAUUCCAUUCAAGAUAGAAGAAAUUUUGAGGGUCGUGCCUUCUGCUUUUUACCACUUCCUAUAAACACCGGUCUUCAAGUUCAUGUUAAUGCAUAUUUUGAGCUGUCAUCAAACCGGAGGGAUAUUUGGUUCGGUAAUGACAUGGCGGGGGGUGGUAAAAAACGCUCGGACUGGAAUAUUUACCUCCUCGAAGAUGUUGUUGCCCCAGCUUAUGGUCACUUGCUUGAGAAAGUUGCGGUGGAAAUCGGUCCAUGUGAUUUAUUCUUUUCAUUUUGGCCAACGGCUGUUGGUGUAGAACCUUGGGCAUCAAUGGUGGGGAAACUCUACCUUUUUAUUGCUGAAUUUGGACUUCGUGUAUUGUAUACAAAAGCUAGAGGGGGACAGUGGAUCUCAACCAAACAAGCUAUUUUUCCUGAUUUUACUUUUCAUAAGGUUCAUGAGCUUGUUGAGGCAUUGUCAGAUGCUAGUUUACCGGUUGUGACCGUUUCUAAGCCACUUGUGGAGAAAUUUAUGGAGUUCUGUCCAUUGUUGCAUUUCCUUUCACCUCAGUUAUUACGGACAUUGUUGAUUAGGCGGAAGCGUGGCUUUAGAGACAGAGAUUCGAUGAUCUUGACCCUUGAGUAUUGCUUACUUGAUUUAAGAGUUCCUGUUCAAUGUGAAAAUUUGUGUGGUUUACCUUUGGUGCCUCUUUCUAAUGGUUUAUUCACGACAUUUGAGAAAAGAGGGGUGGGUGAAAGAAUAUUUGUUACACGUGGAGAUGAGUAUGGUCUUCUUGAGGAUUCAGUUCCUCAUCAACUUGUAGACCGUGGAAUCUCUGAAAUUCUUCACGAGAAGUUAUGCGAUCUAGCCCGAAGUGAGGAUUUCAAUAUUUCUUUUUUGACAUGCCAUUUGCUUGAAAAGCUCUUUCCAAGAUUACUUCCACCAGAGUGGCAGCAUGCUAAGCAGGUAGCUUGGGCCCCUGGUCUUCAAGGCCAGCCUAGUUUGGAAUGGAUGAGGCUACUAUGGAAAUACCUACAGUUGUCUUGUGAUGAUCUUUCGGUGUUUUCUAAGUGGCCUAUUUUGCCAGUUGGAAACCAUAAUCUAUUGCAGCUUGUUAAGAAUUCAAAUGUGAUUGAAGAUGAUGGCUGGAGUGAGAACAUGUCCUCUCUGUUGCUCAGAGUAGGUUGCUUAAUCUUGAGGAGUGACCUUGGAAUCGAACAUGGCCAAUUGAAAAAUUAUGUGCAGCCUCCAACUGCAACUGGCCUAUUAAAUGCGCUACUGGCUGUUGCUGGUGGGUCAGAGAACAUUGAGGGGCUCUUUAGAGAUGCAUCAGAAGGUGAACUGCAUGAACUUCGGAGUUUUAUUCUCCAGUCCAAGUGGUUCAGUGAAGACUCAAUGGAUGUCAUGCAUAUUGACAUCAUCAAACAGCUUCCUAUUUUUGAGUCCUUCAGGAGUAGAAAAUUAGUUUGUUUAAGCGAACCUACCAAAUGGCUUAAACCAAGUGGUGUACGUGAGGAUCUUUUGGAUGAUAACUUUGUACGCACGGAAUCAGAUAAAGAAAGAAUCAUUCUGAGAAGUUAUUUAGAGAUUAGAGAACUUUCAAGGGAAGAAUUCUAUAAAGAUUAUGUACUCAAUCGCAUGCCUGAAUUUAUAUUGCAUCAGGAAACUCUCUCCGCUAUUUUACGUGAUGUUAAGCUUUUGAUUGCAGAGGAUGACUCUAUCAAAACAGCACUUUCCAAUACAGCUUUUGUGUUGGCAUGCAAUGGAUCUUGGAAGGAGCCAUCCAGGUUGUAUGAUCCUCGUGUUCCUGAGCUACAGAAGGUGCUGCACAAGGAAGUUUUCUUUCCUUCGGAGGAGUUCUCUGAUCCUGAAACUCUGGAGACUCUAAUUUACCUUGGACUUCGACAAAACUUGGGUUUUACUGGUUUGCUUGAUUGUGCUAGGUCAGUUUCUAUGUUACAUGAAUUGAAAGACUCAGAAACAGCCGAUUAUGGGAGCAGGUUACUUGUUUGUUUAGAUGCAAUAGCAUUCAAGCUCUCAUCUCAGGAAGACCAGGGCAACUACAAUGAGCUUAGAACUGCCAUUGAAAGUCAUAACUACAGUGUUGCUGAUGGUGAAGCAGAGGAGUACUUUCCAGAGAGAUCUGAGAAUUGCUUUGAAGAUGGUCUGGACAUUGACUCAUUUGUUGGCAAUUUGAUUGGCGAUAAGCCAGGAGAAGAAUUUUGGUCAGAACUGAAAGGUAUUGCAUGGUGUCCUGUUUGUGCUGGUCCACCUCUGCGAGGACUUCCAUGGUUAGUAUCAAGUGAUCUAGUGGCAGCUCCAGUGAGUGUGAGACCUAAAUCACAGAUGUGGUUUGUUUCAUCUAAAAUGAAUAUACUAGAUGGUGAAUGCCGCUCAAUGUACCUACAACGUAAACUUGGUUGGAUGGAUCUCCCAAGUAUAGAUGUUUUGUCCACGCAAUUAAUUGGCGUAUCCAAGUCCUAUGCCCAGCUCAAGUCAGAUUCUGCCGUGGAACCUGAUUUUGAUGCUACACUUCAGAAGGAACUUCCUUUACUUUAUGCAAAAUUGCAAGAAUAUGUUGAUACUGAUGAUUUUAUGGUUCUAAAGUCUGCCUUGGAUGGUGUUUCUUGGGUUUGGAUUGGAGAUGAUUUUGUACCUGCAAAUGCACUUGCCUUUGAUUCACCUGUGAAAUUUAGUCCUUAUUUAUAUGUGGUACCAUCUGAGUUAUCAGAAUUCAGAGUUUUGCUUUUGGCAUUAGGUGUUCGACUCAGUUUUGAUUUUCUUGACUAUUUCCAUGUGCUACAACGCUUGCAGAUGGAUGUGAAAGGGUCUGCCCUGUCAUCCGAUCAGUUGAGUUUUGUCAAUUGUGUCCUAGAAGCUGUUGCAGACUGUUUCUCUGAUAGGCCAUUUGAGGCUUCUACUCCACUGUUAAUUCCAGAUGCUUUCGGUAUCCUGAGGUGUUCUACAGAGCUUGUGUAUAAUGAUGCAUUAUGGAUGGAGAAUACCCUUGUUGGGAAACAUUUUGUACAUCCGAGUAUCAAUAAUGAUCUGGCAAACAGGUUGGGAGUUCAAUCACUUCGUUGUCUCUCUUUAGUCAGCGAAGAAAUGACUAAAGAUUUACCAUGCAUGGACUAUGCUAGAGUAUGUGAGCUUCUGGCAUCGUACGGGAACAGUGAGUUUUUGUUGUUUGACCUUCUUGAGUUGGCAGAUUGCUGCAAAGCAAAAAAGUUUCACCUAAUCUUUGACAAGAGGGAACAUCCACGCCAGACUUUGUUGCAGCACAAUCUAGGUGAAUUUCAAGGGCCUGCUCUCUUAGCUAUCAUGGAAGGGGUGAGCUUGAGUAGGGAGGAAUUAAGUCACCUCCAGUUUCUUCCUCCUUGGAGAUUGCAGGGUGAUGCUCUUAACUACGGCUUAGGACUGCUUAGCUGUUUCUACAUAUGUGAUCUCCCAUCAGUUGUAUCUGGUGGGUACCUUUACAUGUUUGAUCCUCAGGGUCUGGCCUUUGCUCUGCCUUCAAGCUCUUCUCCUGCAGCAAAAAUGUUCUCCUUGAUAGGUACAAAUCUGACUGAGCAAUUUCGUGAUCAAUUUAAUCCCUUGUUGAUUGGCCAAACUAUGCCGUGGUCUUCAUCAGAUUCUACUGUUAUCCGCAUGCCUCUUUCGUCUGAGUGUAUGAAAGAUGGACUUGAGUGUGGAUUAAAGAGAAUAGAACAAAUCUUUGAGAAAUUCAUGGACCAUGGUUCUAAAGUACUUUUAUUCUUAAAAUCAGUUUUACAGGUAACGCUAUCCACAUGGGAGGAAGGAAGCCCACAGCUUUGCCAAGAUUACUCAAUUUCUGUUGAUUCAACAUAUGCUAUUGUGAGAAAUCCGUUUUCGGAAAAAAAGUGGAGAAAGUUUCAAAUAUCUAGGUUAUUUAGCAGCUCAAAUACGGCAAUCAAGUUGCAUGUAAUUGAUGUGAACUUGUAUCAAGGAGGAAGCAGAGUUGUUGACCGAUGGCUAGUUGCCCUUAGCCUGGGUUCUGGGCAGACAAGAAAUAUGGCCCUUGAUAGGCGGUAUCUGGCAUACAACCUGACUCCUGUUGCCGGAGUUGCAGCACACAUAUGCCGGAAUGGCCAACCUGCUGAGGCCUAUUGGUCAAGCUCUCUCAUGUGCCCUCUUCCUUUGUCUGGUGGUAUAAACAUACCUGUCACUGUUCUUGGAUAUUUCCUUGUGCGGCAGAAUCGAGGUCGUUACCUCUUCAAAUACCAAAAUAUAGAAGCAUUGGCAGAGGCACGGCUAGAUGCUGGUAAUCAGUUAAUAGAAGCUUGGAACAGAGAACUGAUGUCUUGUGUCCGUGAUUCCUACAUUGAGAUGAUCUUGGAAAUGCAGAAGUUAAGAAGAGAACCAUCAAAUUCUACUCUGGAGUAUGGUUUGGGUCGUGCAAUUAGUGUGGCUUUGAAUGCUUAUGGUGACCAUUAUUCUUUCUGGCCCAGGUCUAGUGGGCAUGCACAGAUUAAUCAGUCAGGUGGGCUUUGCAAGUUUUCAAGCAAGGUGCUUAAGGCAGACUGGGUGUGUGUAAUUG